AUGCAAAGAAAAGAUUUAUUUUCGGAUGCGCCGGUAGUCCAUCGUUUGAAACUCUCUGUCUGUGACACCUUCUGUCUUGAAAUAUUUAAACAUUCAUUCAUAUCUAUCUAUCUAUCUGAACCUAUUGAUAUGUAUCAUGCCAACAUCUGUCCCCUUUCUCUUCUAUUUUUUGAAAACAAAUUGCUAUCUAUUCAUCUAUCUAUCUAUCUAUCUAUCUAUCUAUCUAUCUAUCUAUCUAUCUAUCUAUCUAUCUAUCUGUAUCUAUCUCUUCAUCGAUCCGUGAUUUAUUGUAUUCUUUCUUCUUUCGCUCUCUCUCUCUCUCUCUCUCUCCCCCUCUCUUUCUACCAUGUUCUUUCUCUCCAUCCCCAUCUCCCCGCCGAUAAUGCUAGGCAUCCCAAUUCACCUACCGAAUGCGUAUUGUACUAUCGGUCGGGGGAACGAGCCGAUUGGCCACUCAUUCGUUUCGCAACAUCGUUUGUAUUCUUCUUUCUUUUCUUUUUUUUUAAAAUGAUUCUUUCUUUCUUUCUUUUUUUCUUUCUUUUUUCUUUCUUUCUUACUUUCCCAUGUCUUUCUUUCCCAUGUCCCUAUUUUUCGUUUUUCUUUCAAUUUUUCUUUCUUACUUUUUUAAUUCUUUACCUCAUUCCUUUUCUUCCCACCGUUUUUUUGUUUCAUUCUUUCUUUCUUCCUUCCUUUUUGUAUUUUUCUUUCUUUUCUUUUAUUUCUUUCUAUCAUUUUUUCGUUUUUCCUUCAUUUACUUUAUUUCGUUUUUCAUUCUUUACUUAUUUCUUUGUCUUCAUUCAUUUCCUUCCUAUUGUUUCUUUGUUGGCUUAUUUCUUUUUUCAUCUUUUCAUAUCGUUCUUUCUUUCAUUCGUUUUUACUUCAUUUUUUCUUACCGUUUUCAUUCUUUCUCACCAUUCCCUUUCCUUCCAUCGUUUCUUUCUUUUUUUUUCGUUUUUCUUUCUUUCUUUCUUUUCUUUUUUCUUUCUUUCUUUCUUUCUUUCUUUUGUUCUUUCUUUUUUUUCUUUUUUUGUUUUUUUUUUUUUUUUUUUUUCUUUCUUUAUUUCUUUCUUCCUUUCUUUUCUUUUUUUCGACUUUUUUCUUUCUUUUCUCUUUUUCUUUUCUUUUUUUCUUUUGUUUUUUCUUUCUUUCUUUUUUCUUUCUUUCUUUCUUUUCAUCAAUUUCAACUUUAUUUUCAUUUUUUUGUCCUUUCUUUUUUUCUUUCUUUUUUUUCAUUUGUCCUUUCUUUCUUUCUAUUUCCAAUCUUUUGUCCCUAUCUUUUUUUCUUUCUUUUCUUUUUUCGAUUCUUCUUUCUUUCUUUUUCUUUCUUUGUCCUUUCUUUUUUCGUCUUUUGUCCUUUAUUUCUUUCUUUCUUUUGUCCUUUAA